AUCCCGCGGGGGGACGCUGGAGGGGUCGUCGCCAUGUCGGUGUCACACAGCUCCAGGCUGAACAAGCUGGUGCGGGAGCAGUACAUGAGGCUGCCCCAGGGCGGGCUGGUGCAGGUCACCUACGUCUGGAUCGACGGCAGCGGUGAGGGCGUGCGCUGCAAGAGCAGGACCCUCGAUAAGGAGCCCAAGAGCAUCGAAGAUGUGCCCGAGUGGAAUUUCGAUGGCUCCAGCACAGCUCAGGCAGAGGGCUCCAACAGCGACAUGUUCCUGGUGCCCGUCUGCAUGUUCAGGGACCCCUUCUGCCUGGACCCCAACAAGCUGGUGCUGUGCGAAGUGCUGAAGUACAACAGGAAACCUGCAGAGACCAACCUGAGGCACACCUGCAAGAAGGUGAUGGACCUGGUGAAGGACAGCCACCCCUGGUUCGGGAUGGAGCAGGAGUACACACUGCUGGGUGUCAAUGGCCACCCCUAUGGCUGGCCCGACAACGGCUUCCCCGGCCCACAGGGCCCUUAUUACUGUGGGGUUGGAGCAGAUAAGGUAUACGGACGUGACAUCGUGGAGUCCCACUACAAGGCUUGCCUUUAUGCGGGCGUGAAGAUCUGCGGCACCAACGCCGAGGUGAUGCCCUCCCAGUGGGAAUUCCAGGUAGGCCCAUGCGAGGGCAUCGAGAUGGGUGACCACCUCUGGAUGGCUCGCUUCAUCCUCCACCGUGUCUGUGAGGACUUUGGGGUCGUGGCCACUCUGGACCCCAAACCGAUGACCGGCAACUGGAACGGGGCCGGGUGCCACACCAACUACAGCACCGAGGAGAUGCGGAAGGAGGGAGGCCUCAAGCACAUCGAAGCCGCCAUCGAGAAGCUGAGCAAGCGGCACGACUACCACAUCUGUGUCUACGACCCGCGGGGCGGCAGGGACAACUCCCGGCGCCUCACCGGCCACCACGAGACCUCCAACAUCUUCGAGUUCUCUGCUGGCGUGGCCAACCGUGGAGCCAGCAUCCGCAUCCCGCGCCAGGUGGGCCAGGACGGCUUUGGCUACUUUGAAGACAGGCGGCCGGCGGCCAACUGCGACCCCUAUGCGGUCACGGAGGCCAUCAUGAGGACCACGGUGCUCAACGAGACCGGCGUGGAGACCAAGGAGUAUGCAGAGCACUGAGGCCGUGGGAUGGGUGAGGGUUUUGUGUUGACACUGAUCGUGCCCGUGCUCUCAGCUGUGAGCUCAGACUCUUUAGGAAAACUCGCUUCUGGUUUUGUGAAACGUUGCCUUAGAAAUCCUAUAUAUUUUAUAGUAAGAGGGAGGGGCCCAACCUAUUUUCUCAGCCACUUUUUCUGGUUCCUGGUUUUAGGUCACACCUGGGGAGGUUGUUGGUUUUUUUUUAAACUUGGAUUGAAUUUUUUUUCUUCUGAUGGACUUUACACUGUGAUGUACAUAGAUUCCUACAUGGAAGCUGCAGCUGCUGCUGUUUGCACCUGGGCAGGGUGUGUGCUUUUUUUUUUUUUUUUUUUUUUUUUUUUUUUUCCCAGUGUCUCUGUUGCAAGGAAAUGAUAAUAAAGAAUUUUCCUGGCUGCGUGGCAGCUGUGUUAUCCUGC